UCCUCUGAGAUCCGACAAAAGCACGAGCACGGUGCACCCUCUUCACGCCUGAGCGCAACCGGCGUCGGCAUAUCCUCCAGCAGGUAUCCAAAUGACCUUCGCCGUCGUCGUCCCCGACUGCGUGAUACCGGAGAAGCUGGUGGGGUAGACUCGCCAGGCGGUACAGAGGCCAGUAACCUGGAUCACGCCAUCCUCUCCGAGAUCCUGGACUUACGUUGUCGCCACAGGGAGACUGGCUUCGUGAAUCACCCCGUACACACCACAUCACCCCUUGAUUUGACCGGUUGGCGACUCUUGUGGUGUCUAAAAAACCUCGAUGACAUGAAGAUAUCCGAAUUUGAAGGGUUGGAGCGUGUUAACGCGCUGUACGAGGCGUUUAUACAACCUGCCUCAACGUUAGCACUCAAUCCCCCUCUACGCGCUCCCACCGACCCUAACGCCGCCGCCCCAAACAACAACACAAGUAGACCAGUGGAGUCCGGCGUCCCAAACUGUUCCCCAGUAGAUCGGCCAAUUACAGCUACUUUUGCAGGCAACACUGAUGUCGCUCCCAACCGCGACUCCUGUCUAAGGCCAACAUACAAUUGCUCUUCCGACCCGUCUUCCUUCACCGGCUGCGCAAAUUUUGCGAAGUUACAGGAUCUCAUACGGACAAAACGGGACCUCGCCGGGGUACAACAAAUACCGCCUCACCUACCAAUGGAUGUCGCCGCCGCUGAUGUAAGUCGAAUUGUCAUGCAGUUAAGCUCUUAG